AUGCUAAACCAUCUCAACAUCAAUUGCUUACUGACAAUGAGCUCUGGGACAUGGCUCACAGCAGAAGAUGUCAUAAAGGAUUUGGCUUUGGCUUCUGGACAACAUGUUGGCAACUUAAAUGAAAAAUUUGUAGUUGUUGGUAAGCAAACACCACAAAUAAAUAACGAAGAGGAAAAUGAGGAGUUAGCAAAUUGGCAUGAUAGUUAUGAUCUAAAGAAUAAAGAAUGUCAAGCAGAUCCAGAUCUUACAGGCAUCACUCAAAUGUUAAGAUUGGUUAAUCAAUUAGAUAACAAUGGAGUUGGGACAACUUCUGAAUUGUCAGACUUAAGAAAAUCUGCUGCAGAAAACAGCUCUUUGGUUAUCAGCAAACUAAAUACAAAUGCACAAGAAUUUGUGCCUCUUAAUUUAUCCCAAGGCAGUUCCUCAAAAAGGCCUUUACAUAGUAAUGAAAACAAUAGUCCUAAUGAGGACAAUGUGCAAUAUGAUAUAGAUAUAAAUAAAAGAAUAGAUGUAACUAAACUUGAAAAUAAUGAAAAGGAAAAACUAAAGGAAAUUUUGAAAUCAAAAAUAAGUGGAACCAGAAAUAGUAGCUGUGGCAAAAGUAAAAGAGCACGGAAUCUUGCAAUAGCAACUCUGUUGAAAUUGACAUCUGCACCAAAUCAUGUGACUGAAGAACCAGCAGCUCCCAAACUCAUGACACCAGAUGAUUUUCAAACACUUAAUAAUAAUGAUGCAUUAGAAACAAAGGAAAAUUUGGAAAAUCAAACAUCAAAUGAGGCCAUUAAUAAAUCUGUUGAAAAAGUAAAGAAAUGGUUGAAAGGCCCUGAGUCACCAAAGAAAACCAAAUCUAUAUUUUUAGGACCAAUAACUUAUCAAAAACGACCUGAUACAAAGUAUUGUGAUAGUCCAACGUCUUCCAGUAACAACGACGAAAGUAAUAAUUGUCUUACAAAUUUUGUGCCGUCGUCUUAUGCAGCGGAACUUACGGAGAAGUACGAACAACGCCUAAAAGAAAAACAAGAUCAGGAUGACAUAUGGACGAAAUUAGAGAGACAAUUAAAGGAAAGAGACGAGAUUAUCCGGCAAAAGAUUGCAAACCAGGGAAGUAAUUCAUCAUAA